GUUUUGUUUCGGGUGACUUUUCACGCGCUUGACGAAGACAUUUCGCAGCUGUUGGCGUGUGCAAAAUCCAGGAGAGAUAAUUGUCAUGAAAGUUCGCCCACCACUGGCUUUUUCGAGGCCUUCACAGCUCUGGUUUUGCUAUGUCAGAGCAGUAUAGCAGCGACGAAGAUGCCUGCAUCUGCAAUGGGGAAGUGGGCUCCCGCAGCAGCCACAAGCGCAAGGAAGUCCACAAUGAAGUGGAAAGGAGGCGGAAGGACAAGAUCAAUAUCGGCAUACUGCGCCUCGGCGAUCUGCUGCCCGACAAGGACCCCAGAAAGCAGAGCAAGAAUGGGAUCCUUGAACGGGCAUCGGAGUACAUCACAUACUUGAAAGACUUGAAUGAGAAGCUGGUGAUGGACAAGGUUACCAACAUGGAAGCCACCGUGUUUGCCAGUUUACGCAAGCAGAUAAGGGAACUGGAGGAACUCAAUGCAAACUAUGCGAGACUGCUUACCACGGCAGGCAUUCCCUUGACGAGUGGGCCCGAAGAGAUCUGGGACCACAAGCCAAAAAAGUAUUCCUUGAAGCACCUCCCUGACAAGCAACGUGCCCUACUUGCCUGCACUGAAGUCAAGACGGUUCUUCAGAGGCAGCAGCAGCAACAACCAUGCCAGCACCAUGGCACCACGACUAUUUCGACGCGGCCUGCUGCAGAACCUCAUGCUCCUAAAGCACCACAGGCUCAAGUGGCACCGGCCAUACCACCGGCACCACCUCCUCCAGCAAGCAGUGCACGGGAGGCAACGCCCGGGUGCACACUGGUAACUCAGGCACUUCCAUCGGCACCCGUCAUGUCUACAGCUCAGCCAUCUGCCGUCACGGUGUUUCAGCAACAACACCCUCUAACCGCCGUCACACCCACAGCUACCGGAGUGACCACGGGAGCAGCAGGCGGGGUCGUCUCGCAACCCAUUCUUGUGAUCAACGACCAGGGCGUCCCCGUGCUGCAAAAUGUAGUGACCUUCCAGAACACAUCCAUCAUCCUCAAUCCGCAGGGACAUGCCAUGGGAGCACGCGCGCCAGGAUCGGUGGUCUCCUUCACGGGGCCUGACAUGCUGCCUCAGGUGCACUUGGCAGCGGGUCAGAGCACCGACGACUUUGCCCACUCUGCAGCAGCACUGGGUGGCCUAAUGCAUUGUGACCCCAAGCUGAAGGAGGCUGCCAAGCUCUGUGGCGUCCAGCAUAAUGCGGCAACAUUCCUCUCGGGUGCAGGUAUGGUGAUGAACCAGCCCCUCCUCUCCCUUGGAACUGGAGCAACAAUGAUUGCUGGGCAGACGGCAACAGCACCGCAGGUCCCUUCAGCGUUCCUUCUUCCAUCCGGGCAGAUCAUUCCUGUCGUCUCGCAGCCACAAGUGGUCAGUGCACUCAUGCAAUCGGCACACCCUCUUGGGAGUCAGGUUGCAGCUAAUGUUGCAGCAGCUGUGAGCAGUUGUAGCACUUCUCUCACGAAGGUGGUGCAAUGUGAUGGUACACAAAGCUACAUGUGCAGGGAGCAUGCAUCUUCUGUUCAGAAUAAGGCGCUGACAUCUACACCCUCAUCCAGUGGAGCUGCAGUAGGUACUUCCACAGUGCAGCCUGGUGGGAACUGCAGAAAGCAGCAUCACUCUUGCCCACAGCAUUCAUCGCCGUCUACGUCAAAGUGCAUUGCUGUGCCAGACAGUUCGAAGACGAAGCCGGUGUGUUCUCACGCAGCGUCCAAACAACCGCUAUGCAUCAGGCCGAAGCCAACUUCACAGACGCCAGACUCUAGUCAGGCUAAGUCUUCAUGUGCACGUAAAGGUGGUGGGGGCAAGAAAGUGGCAGCAUCGAAAUCCUCUCCAGAGUUACCAGCCAAGAGGGCACGCACAGACACCCCACGAUCAGAUGAGGAGGCCGCUUCACACACCUCCAACUGUUCGUCAACCACAGCAACCACCUCAGCCCAUAGCACAGAAGGAGUGAGUAGCACAAGCAGCAAAGACAUCUCACCCCUCGCUGCAGACAUUCUCGCUCAAGCAACAGAAUCAAUUUUCUCAUGUGGCGGCAAUGUGGAAGCAGCAGUCAAACAGGCAGCAAAGUCGAAGAACAAAAGUCCAAUGUCGGCAAGCUCAAGUGACCAGGUCGCAGCCCCUGCAGCUUCAGUCCCUGCCUCCGUAGAAACCGACACGGGCACGCAGGCAUCAACCACCAGCACAGCAUCUUCUCCUCCCAGUACUUCAGUUACUCUAACCCAAAGUCACUGUUCAAAGAUGUCUGUGCUUGCAGAAGCAGUCUGUAGCAGUGAAACUGUUCCAGCCAACAGCACUGUUGAAGAAGUACCCAAGAUGAAAAACAUUUUUGAAAAUGGAAGGCCAACGGAAAUGGAUGCAGAGACGACAUCUACGACUAGCCAAGUGUCUGUGGAGAGCGGCGCACAGCCUGUGUCGGCAAAAGAAGGGCAAGAUGACAUUCAGGCAUCUGAUAGUGACCGUAAUGAACUCCCUAGUCUUAGUUUACACUCCAUAGUGAUGGAGGAAAACAUUGAUAUAUCUCCGAGCGUCAGUUCGACGACUUUCACUGAGAGUUAUGUUUCGGUAAGUGCCCGUGGUAAUGGUCACAGCACACCCCAGGGCUCCUCUAAGAUUCCAGACUGUGCCGCUUCCAUACUUUGCCAACUCACUCCACCCAGCAGCAAAAGCAGUGAAGAUAAUAGCAAAGCCUUUGUUUCAAGUACUGACAGUCUAGCAUCAGACCAGGAGUUGCCCUUAAUAUUGAGCAUACCUGAAGAUGAUGGUCACGGUUCUCUUAACAGCAACUCAAAUCCAGGUCUUUCCUUUCCAUCGCUGUCACCUGGGGAUCAACUAGAGCACGAAUUGGGAAAUAGCAAUGCUAAAGCAGUGGAAAGCACGAGCAGCUUAUCGCAGUUUGUCCUCACUCCACCAACACCGCAUCUUACUGCCAGUAUAGCACAAGUGUCAGUCACCUCGAGCACAAGCAAGAAAAAAGAACCAUUGCAGAGCAGCGCUUACACCUAUGUUGCGCCUGAGAGUUUCUCUACACCCUCAAGUCAUUCAGGAGAGUUGCACACUAUUGGGAACACUGGCAGCAGCAGCAAGCAAGACUGUCACCAUGCCUCUCGAUCUCCACAACUUCAUAGCGCACCUUCCGCAAAGUUGCACACGGAGGCAUCGUGCCACAGUUUUGUUUCAAACGCACCGCCUACACUCCCAAUGCAAAGCCGAGGGCUGCAGUUUUCGACGGCAUCUGCAGUAACUCAGCCUACUCAAGUGCACAACAUUUCAUUGCCUGGCUUUAGCACAGCUCAGGGCUUUGCCACUUCCAAGGAACCCGAAUCUAUGCCCCUUCUGGACCAGACCAGCAAGCCGCCCCCUUCACCAUGUCGAAUGGUCCGCGACUCUGGACGUUGCACAACACCAAGCAAGAGUCCAUCUGCACAGUUUCCGAUGUCUAUAAAUCCCUACAUGACAACCACUCCUUUUCCGUUUCCACGACCUGAUCAGUACACACCUUGUACCCGGACACCGACUUCCCAAACUAACACAUCGAACAGCAGUAACACUGCACUGUCAUGCUAUUCUGCCGAGGCCUUGAUUGGGACACAGAACUUUUUGCCAUCGUCUUACCGGCUCACACCCCCUUGUGCUCAGGUCCCCACAACCCAGAGGUCAUCUUGUCAGCAGUCAUCGCGCCCUCAAAUUUCUUACUCUGCAGGCCUCAUUCAGUCACAGGCUAGCAAUCCAAAGAAAGAUCUCCAAACAAAUGCCAAGGAACCUAGCUUUUCAAACCAUUCUGGAUUUGUGAACAGGCUUCCUUCUUAUCAGCCCCAAACCAGCACACAACACACUACAGGGCUCUCGCAUCAGCGGCAGCUUCCAGCCAGCUCAUCUCAACAGGUUCACUUGGGCAGCGCAGCUGUGUCAGGUGCAACAGACAACAGGUCGCAAGCAUUGCCCGUUUCAACAGCUGUGCCUCCACAACCUACCACAGUGCACAGCAGCUACACAGCACAGCUUGGCAACAAUGCGCAGCGCAGCCUGGCAACAACUCCGAGCCGAUACCCCAUCCAUACUUACCAUACAGCCAAGGAUGACUUCCCCAUGCUUCCCUCAGCACCACUGCACACUCCGCCUUUGCACACAAUGGCACCACAUAUGUCGCAAUCUCCCUCAUCACGCAGUCAUCACGUGCAACCUGAGGCCAAUCCUAACCAGAACAUGUUUCAGCACCAGAACUACCCGUACCCAAAUUUUUCUCUUGGUCAUCGAAGCCCCAGCUUUGGUACCUGUGCUACCUCCCGGCCUGAAGUUUCAGCAACAAGUCGAGUGCCGGCUAGCUGCCUUCAGGCAACAUCUCCUCGACAGUCCCACUUUGGAAUGCAGGUCCCACCGUCACAGCAACAGGGCUGCCUGUUUCCAAGCGCCUCCUCAGCAUCUCUUCUGCCACUGACGUCUGAGUUUGGCCCUCAGUGCUCUGGUCCAUUGGCGCCACCUCCACCACCGGUGUUUGGAAAUCUGUCCCAACAUUGUGCGCAAGCACCACACUUGGUUAACAAUCUGAUCCCCGGCCCGUUCGCCACUAAUGGAAACACCAUAUGUGGUACUUCGCUUCCACCGCCAAGUGUGGAGAGUGAAAAGCCAGGCGGCCGCAGGGAGAAGCAAAACAUGCACUUGAUGUCCGAGACGAGUUGUCACGACACAGAAAAACAGCAGUCUAAAUCAAAAUCCAAAAAGAGCAAGCCCUCAAAUACCUCAUCGCACAGUGCUGUGAGCAGCAUACCAUACUUUCCAGAUUUAGAAAUGAAGUCUCACAACCACGCGUUGAUAACAUUACCCCCGCCUCCAGCACCUUCACAAAAGCUACCUCACGCACCCUCCCUUCCAUCGGUGUCAACUUCAACAUCGUCGGCACUGCCUUGGCCACAUCAUCAUCAACAGCAGCAGCACCAGCAGCUACAGCAGGCCCCGCAGCCUCCACAUUCAAAGCCCAGUCAUACCGGCGCUGAAGUCGAGCGAAGUGCGAACAUCAGCAGCGCUGCUUACAACCCACUCUUCAGGCCUCAGUCCCAGCAGAACAGCAUCAACUUGAACCUCAAUGGGUCCGCUGCGCCAACACCUCACUCCUCCUCUGUAGCUUCCUUCUCACACCACCACAGCCCUUUACAAAGAAACACGCAACACAGUAGUGCAUCGACAUCAUCAGUCGCAUCUGUGGUAUCCAUGCCUGGCCCAAGCAUUUCGACGACCACGCAGGUCGCCCCUUAUUCAAACUGCGCCGUUGCACCAUCACAGCAUGUUCCCAACUUCAACCUGAGCAACAUCUUUCCAGACAUCAGCUCGGGCGAGCAGGCCAGGGCCAGUGCUGCGCCACCACCGCCAUCCACACACUUUUAUCCCUCCAGCCGCGUGUUGCACAAUUCUUUCAAUCACAUUCUGCCUCCUCCACCUCCCCCAGCCCCAACUCAUAACAACUUUGUGCACUCUGGCCACCACGCGCCUUCCUUCUCCAAUGUUAUUCCUCCGCUCACCUUUCCUAUGCACGAACAUUAGACCUUCUUUGGCUCUCGUCGAAGAAAAAAGCUUGGAAAGGUGCCUACUCAAACAGAUGCACCGCUUCCCAGGUGGCUUUUCCGCAGUCUGUUACACAUUGGCAGCCGUGUGAAAAUGGCAUGUACAUUGGUGCUUCUGUACUUACUAACUUCAUAGUUUUAUCUUUUUGGUGACGUCUUUGUUGUUGUUCUUCUGUUACGUGUUUUGUGUUAUAUUUAUUCCCCGUGCAGUGUCUGUUCCAUACUGUGCUUAUUGGGGGCUUUUUUAGCCACCUGGUAAAAAGGAAACUAUGUCUGGUGUUUGCCUUCUUAAUGUUCUAAUUUUAAAACGCAGCUCCUAGCCUCAGAAGUUCAACUGAUGAAGUGUGUGUGUAGGUGUAUGCAUGCAAUGCUGAUUGAAAAACCUGUGUCCCUCGAAGUCACAUUCUUGAUAGCAAAAAGCUGUUUGCCCAUUGCUCAAUCAAUCGAAGUUGCCUCUGCUCACUGUGUUUUUGCAAGGAUAUGGGAAAGUUAUGUUGAGCUUGAAGCGUUUGUGCAUAUUUUGCAGUUUUCAAUGUGUUUCCGUUGUUGUAGAUUUGGCUCCAGGUCUUCAGGGAGCAGCUACAACUGGGUUUUAGUGUGUUUUGAUUGAUAUAAAUAUUCUGAUAUACUAAAGUCGAAUGGAGGUAUAAUUUCAGACCUUUGUUCCACUGUGAAAGCAAAGGCAAUAAGGGUACAGCUUCUAAAGCUGUAUUACCAAACCAAACAAUUUUGAACGAGCACGCUACCACUUUCAGCCACUACAGGUUUGUUUACAGUCGGAUACAACUUUUGAAGUCUGUGGCAUUUCAUCCUCGCAAGCCUACACCUAUGGGCAUGCCCUCCAGGCUGACAUCAUGAGCCUGAUAGCCGGUGUUAGGAGGACAUAGCCAAGUUCAUAAUGAGACCAUUUCUUUAGUCGCUGAGGCAAUCAAUCCGUCGCGUGCUUCGGCCAUCUGGGCACAGGCCUCUCUGGAUUUCUUUCUUAAGUUGUACCCAGCAAUACAGCAAUAGCUUUGUCGUCAUACACUUGAGGUCAACCAGCCAUGAAACAGGGCAACUUUUUUUUUUUUUUUUUUGAAGCUGCUUAGCGCUGGCCAAAAAAUCUGUGCGAAAAUUGCUAAGUCUGUUAUUCGAAGUAAUUUUUAAGGGUCCCUGAAAUGUUUUUUUUUGAAAAUAUGUAAGUGAUUGCACCACAACCUAAAGUGAAUCAUUUGCACUGUAAUUUAAGUAAAGUCCUUUAUAUCAAGACAACUACAGGCCCUCUCCUACACAGCCACCCUCUCUCAGAGCUGUACUUUAGCCCCUCAGCUUCUUUUCCAAAUAGUCAUGGCUGAGUUCUGCAUUUCGUAUCCUCAGCCGGCACAUGGUAGAUUGCAUACAUCAACUUCUAUGUUCUUGUUGGUUUUUGCUACACCAGACAUCUCCAGACACUCAUUCACUUGCUCUUCCUGUACAGACACUGAGAAGCCAAUUAGAUUGGUGGUGCUAGGGGCAUGCCGGAACAAUGCUGCAUCGUUUAAGACGUACUAUGUGUUUAAACCUCGUGAGUGUAAAUUACGUCCAAAAACAAAGUUUUGCAAAUGGUCAAGUUACAUUUAUUGCGGUUUUUGAACAUACAAAAUGCAUAAAAUUUAAGACAUUUACUAUGUUUUUAAACCUCGUGAGUGUCAAACUACUCUAAAAACAAAGUUUCGCAAAUGGUCAAGUUAUUUUAUUGCGGUUUUUGAACAUACAAAAUGCAUAAAGUCAGGAAAAAUAAUGAUUAAAUUCAGGAACAAUACUUUGGUACCAGUAUCAUGCGUAUCUGCAUAACGUUCUCAAGUGUUUCAGAGCAUGGUGUUUUUGAAAUAUGGGCCCACACUCAGCACCUUAUCACAGUCUGCACGCGUAGAGCAUGUUUAUUCUUUUUUGCAUUGACAAGUUGUGUUGGCACACACACACACACAUCUUUUUUCGUACAGCUGUAAACUCGGUAAUUUGGAAAAACAAGAAUACUUUAUAUGAUUCAGUGAUAAAUAAGCUAAGAGCCGCGAAAAUAAAAAUGGAAAUACCUUCCACCGCCCCUGCAAGGAAGUGCCAAUAAACAAAAAUCAAGUUUCGUGCACCUCCGUUUUGAUAAUAAGUUCAUUUAAUAAUAAUAAUAGUUUUAUUUCAGUAUCAACAGAAAAUAAUAUAACACUGAUGAGGCUACAAGAUGCUAACAAAAAGCCUUUAACAACUUCACAAAAGCUAGCACUCUGCUUACAUGGCGUGGAGAAACCGGAACUGCAAAAGGGCACUGCCCAUUGCGCCGCCUCCGACCGUGCGGUGUGCUGACGCUAGAAAUCGGUUCGGUUUAUCUCUGCAGGAAGGUAGCACAAUAAUUUUCAAUGCUUUUUGUAAGUCCUAGGAGAUGGCAGUACCUCCCAGUGACCAUGGAUCAUCAUUACUAUGCAAAAUAUGAAGUCCAGGUUCGAUAUUGUGCCAGUACGACAAAGACACUCCGGCACGCAAAACCGCAACGGUACACGUACGGCAAAAACACCUUGAGUUAGAAACUUUGUGAUAAAUUGGAUACUUUACACAAAAGCACAUAAAUCUCACUUUAAUAAUCCAAAGAACUUACACUACCAGCUCAGCACAAGAAAUUGUCAGAACCAUCUGAGAGUCCAUUUAGAAUACCAAAUUGAAGUUACCUCAGACGUACUACUAGUCUUUGCACUAAUAGCUUGGUACAAAAAAUAGUAAUAUUUUCUAUCACUAGGAACUGGCUCGUGCCUGAUUACUAGUUAAAAAACGAUUUAUGAACACAAAAAAUAUAUGGUAGUGGUACAUACCUAUGCCAAUCUUGGUCUGACAGUUCAAGGCAACAUAAACUAUUUUGUUUUCUAUUGAUGUAUGCCACUACCUUGGGCCAUUACAUUGAAUCCUUUCUCCAUUUUGAACAUCAUGACAUCAAGUCGGCAAGGUUAUGAAGCACCAAGUGUACUUUUGCAACAAUUUUUAUCUGUACGAAUAUACCCCAAUAGCAUUAUUUUGUUGUACAUUUUUCUAAAUUACUUCAUUAAUGGCCGGAUAUGGCACAAGUUAUUUCGUAACAUAACCUAUAUCAGGGAUAUUUGCUUCAAACGGAUCUACUUGCUUGCUGUGGAGCUUGUGACACCAGCAAUAGCAAAAUUUCUGAAGCAGUUGCUGUUGUCUAUUGCACUGCUUUUCGGUAUUUUCUGUAUCAAGUUUAGUUGUAUUCAGUGUCCUGUGUGUACAGGUAAAUCCUUGUUAAUUAGCUCUUGUAUAUCACUCGGGCUGAACCAAGAAAUGUGCGAAACCUCCAGUUAAUCAAGAAGUCUGUUAAAAAGUUUGGUGUUCUCGUGUUGACACAUUUGUCAGGUGCUGCCUCUUUCGCAGUGGUCGACAGUUGUCGGCAAGCAUACCAUUCUAUUGUGCGAUGUCAGUGCAUGUUAAAGAACAGCUGAUGGAUGAAAUUUCCAGAGCCCUCCACAAUGGCAUGCUUCAUAAUAACAUUGUGCUUUUGGCACAUAAAGCCCCAGAUAUAAUUAUCAAGCAUACUGUUCAAAGUUUGUUUUCUGUGUGGUUACAAGGAAGCUUAAAUGGACAGCUGAAGCCUAGGUUCAACAUCAUAAUUGUUACUACUCUUGCUAUCACCUUGAUUUGUAAAGUGGGUGGCUCUUAAGAUGUGUAUGACGGAUGUUAAACUGACAGAAAAAUCUAAUGUGUGUCGCCCCUUGCAUAAAUAUCUACAAUCUCCCGCAUCUUGUACCCUUCAACCUGUUUUUGUUUUGUGCACUCUUUGCCUUCUCAACAUAUGCACCUGUUUUCCUCAAUCACUCGUGGAGAAAUUUUCGCUUUCCACCCAGCAUAAUGUCUAUUGCUAUGUGUAAUUGUGAUUCACAGCAGUACCUUUUGCUUUAGAAAAUUUUAUGUAGUAGAGCAUUGAAGUUUUAAAUAGCGUCUGUUCAUGAUUCUUGUAAAUUCAUUGAAAUUUUUGCAAAUCGAAAGUCGCCAUAGUCAAAUAUUUGCUAAAACACAGCCUUCAUUUAGUAAACUCCACUGAUAUAAAAUAACUUGCGUACCAGUCUUAGUUUUUUACUGCAGUAUGUAUAUUUAUCUGCCAUUCAGUGGUCUGACUGUGUUUCAGAGUUCAGAUUUUAUGAACUCCACGUGCAAAGUGUGAUUCCUUAUGCUUGAUCCAUUUGCGUAAAGCAUAAGGCAUCGCCCAUUGUUGAAUGCAUUGUUCACACACUUUCGUACCAGCAGAAAACAAAUGCCACGAAGAGAACCAGUUGCUGUAGCAACUGUCGUGUCGUAGUAUAGACAGUGCCGAUUUUGGUUUGUGCUUAUUUUUACUGGAUACACUCCAGAAUUACGCCAUAGAAUACCUCGGCAGUAAGGAAAGAAAUGUGCCGUGCGGCUUCUGUGUGAUCGCACUGUGUUUCCAUAAUCAUAAACCGCAUUCCAAUUCUAACAAUGACUUCAUUAGUGUUUCAAUACAUAAGGUGUGCUCACGUCAUUCUUAAAUUUUGGUUACAAACUGGAAGCUGUGACGUCAUCCAGAGAGCUCCAUAAAGACGAUAUUUCUUGUUUUUUUUUAUCAUUAUUAAAGGAGAUAAAGUAAAUUCAAACUGUCAUUCAUGCCAUCAUAAGCCACUGUAGAGUUUGGUGCAGUUAAAAGGUGUGGGAAUCUGCACAAUGUCUGUUAUCUGUACUUUUUAAAUUGAGUCGCCAGAAGCACCUAGAACAUAAGUAUUGUCAACGCCAACCAACGUCCUCUUUUUGGAAGUAUUGUCUCAACAGUGGUAGUUCCUGAGGUUGAAAUGUCCUGUGUCUGGGAUUUAUUGUCCCGUGUCUGAAAUGUCCCGUGUCUGGGAAGCUACCUGUGUCUGAGAUUUAUUGUACUGCCUCCCCCACAUGAGCAGCUGUUGUCUCGAAUAUAAUGGUUGUUGAUGAAAAGGGUGCUUGUCUUUAUGGCAAAUACAUAUGGUCCUCCCUCCAAGCUUCUCACUCGUUCUCAAAAAACGUGCAUUUGCUUACUGUAUAGCCUCGUGUUGAGGUUACAAGACAGUGCAAGAGCGAAUGCUUGUCAACUCUCGUUGUUGCAUGUAGGAGCCUGUAUGUCUAGUCAGCACACUUCCCCAGCCGAUUACGCUCAAUGCGUCAUUUGCAUUGUAGAUACCCUCGUCCCACAUCACUUGCAGCAAUGUCUGGUGGUAAAACCAGCAGUGUUCUCAUGUAUAAAGCCCCACUUCCGAUCACCACCUUGCCAUCACACUUCACUUGAAUAUCCCCUUACAUGCAAUUUUCCCCAUGUAAGCUUGUUACACAGGAUGUAUGUAUGUAGUGGUACAUGGAUUAAUCAUGUUUUGCACAAAUAGUCUAGGUUAUUGCUGUUGAUAUUUCAUUGGUGUGCACAACAGAGUCAGUGUACAAAGCGGUCACUGUAUUUUAGAAGUUUCAACUUACUUUGUGUGCUGUAUUGUUUAUUCGUGUAUUGCAGUCACUUUGCACGACUUUGCAUGUAUAUAAGCUCGGUGUAAAAGUCUCUCUAUAAGUUUUGAGAGGGUGGUAUUGCUGUACAUAUGUUGGAACAACGUGUAUUGUGUUAUCUGUUUGUUGUCAAGGGGCUGUUAAUGUAUUAUAUGCUCAAUUUCUCAUGCAUGGUGAAGGAAGAGGCACUUGUGUAAGUUAUGUUAGGGCCCCAUGUUGCUAACUAGGUGCACUUUGUUUGCCGACUGACGAUUUGACAAAAAGCGAGUGCUUUGCAAUAAACUUUUUUUUUUAGUCUUGUUCUGCCUGCUAUGUGUGUGAUAAUAUCUUAAGAAAGACAAGUUACUGCCUGUGUACUUACUUCAUUCAAAUGUACAGACACAUUCUACACACCAUGAAACGAAUGUAUGUGAAGGGAGGGCCUAUAUAUUUUACGAGCACAACAGAACCUCUUUGUAAUCUGGCCAAAAGAUACUCAAAAUAAAAAGCUCACGUGGUCGUCUUU